AUGGAGCAGAACAGGAGAGCACGCAUCGUCAAGCGAGCCCCUCUCCACAAGCGAAUCAUCGACGCCCCCGAGGACUACCUGACAAAAGUUGAGAAUGACCUCAGAGCACUCGACUGGGACUUGCUCCAGGAGGGCUUCAGCUGGCCUUUGGCAAUAGGUCUGAAUGUCUUGUUGACGUCUGUCAAAAUGGGCUACUGGUUGGAUGAUCCCCUGGCCAACGUCCCUGCUGUCCUCAAGCAUGAUCGACCCUACUACUCUCCAAAGUCCAUGCGCCCUGGAUUUGCUACUUUGAAUUAUACUAUGAUGCACAGGGGCCUUGACAAGCCUCCUUCCUCGUCAAACACCAAGAUGGUCGAGUUCCAGCAGGAUGAGUCGCACUGGUCCUUCAAGUUUCCAGGAAAAUACAUGUACGCCGAAUUCCUUGUGCAGCGAUUCUACCCGUUCAUCUCCAUUUUCAUGAGAGGCCCCAAGCCAGAAGAGAACAAGCGCCAAGUCUGGGAGCUUUCACUCUGGAACCCUUCGAUCCUCGGACGCAACUUAUUCUGCUGGUACUCGCCUGCUCAAGUACUGAUCCUGGCAUUCAUGACUGCGGACAACUUUUACGUGUUUUUUCCACUUUCAAUCGUGGUCGCAGUGCAGGUUCACUACCUCGUGUCCGUCUACCAAACCUACGUCAAGGAUAAGGAGAUUUUAUUUAGCGAGGUUCAUAAUGAAUACAACACCAAGUUUGUGCACCCAACUAUUUUCGUCCGCAAGUACGAUAAGCAGGUGUCGACCGAGACCGAGGCGGACACAAGUGACUUGCAGUACUAUUCUUACCAGGACCACGAACGGGACCAAGAUCGCUCCCCUAACUUUACUCCAGAGCGUAAACAGAGGAACUUUCAAUAUCUGAGCGUACCUGCUUCAAGUCAUGGAUCGGGAUUGGAAUCGGCGACAAAAGCUGCCAUACGCAGGAAACCCGCCGCGGCAGCUGUGUCUCCUAGAUUCCAGACGUCGGCCAGAUCAACCUCUACCAGCUCUGUCUACAGCGGAGACGAAGAGAGGGAUGGCGAGGAAGACUAUGACGAUGAUGGGGAGGAAGAGGAAGAGGAGGAAGAAGAGGAAGAAGGUUCGAGUGAAGGCGGCUCUGAGGACGAGGACGAAAGCGAUCCAGAUGUGGAGUAUGACGAGGAAGGCGAGGAGCCGGUUAGACCGCACCCAACCAACUCUUUGAGCUCUCGCAACAAGUUCUUUUAA